UACACGAUAAACGAGACACACACACAUCGCCGGCCACAAAAACGAUGAAGUUUACAAAAAACAACACAUGACAUUGCGUGCUUCUGUUUGUCGUGGCUGGCAGUUGAACCAUGGAAGUAGGUCUUCUUCUUCUUCCGUGAAAGUACAGUCCACCAUCUGGUGUAUUGCGUACUGUGGUAGUUGUGUGCAUGCGAGGGUGUAGACAUAUACAGUGCAGGUGGGUGAACAGUGAACGUGCGGCUAAAAAACAGCUCAGGCUGACCUAGCGGAGCUGGACUGACUGUACACCCUGCUUAAAACUAGCAAGAGUUGUACAGGUUGGAGAACAGUGUGAGUGGUUAAUGUUUAGCAAGAUGGAUCUGUAAAUUUUGUUCUACUCCUAGUCCUACAAGCUUCUACACUAUUUCCAGAUAAUUGAAGAUUUAGUCUGGAUCAUGCGACUUGACUGAGCAGCUGAGCUGAUCAACCAAGAUUUAAACUGCACUGGUACACAUUCCACUGGUUCUCACCAAGCCAUGGAUCAUAUUUGGCUUAUCAUCAUUGGUCUUCUCGUCCACAUUAUUUUCUUCAUCUCUAUUUUUGACAUUUACUUCACAUCCCCGUUGGUUCAUGGAAUGACCCCUCAUGUGACACCCUUGGAGCCCCCGGCUCGUCGCUUGGUGUUGGUUGUUGCUGAUGGGUUGAGGGCUGACAAGCUUUUUGAGUUAGAUGAGAUGGGUCACACGAGGGCGCCAUUUCUCAGGAGCAUGAUUGAGAAGCAAGGAUCAUGGGGCGUAUCUCAUACAAGAGUCCCAACAGAAUCCAGACCUGGCCAUGUUGCACUCAUCGCUGGGUUCUAUGAAGAUGUUAGCGCUAUUGCUAAAGGAUGGAAAGAGAACCCAGUAGAGUUUGACUCAGUGUUCAAUGAGAGUAGAUACACAUGGUCAUGGGGAAGUCCAGAUAUUCUACCUAUGUUUGCUAAAGGUGCUUCAGGUAAACAUGUGAUUACUAAUACAUACCCAGCGGGUUAUGAGGAUUUUGCUGAUGAAGAUGCAUCCAGGCUAGAUACUUGGGUGUUUGACAAUGUGAAGAAAUUUACCCAAGAAAUAAAACAAAAUAAAACGCUCAGUCAAAUGACAUCAUCCAACCAGAUUGUUUUCUUUCUUCAUCUACUCGGCAUCGAUACUAAUGGUCAUGCCCACAAACCAUUCUCAGACGAGUAUUUGACAAACAUCAGGCUUGUGGAUUCUGGGAUACAAGAAGCAGUUGAUGUCUUUGAAGAAGCCUUCCAUCAUGAUGGGAAGACGGCCUAUAUUGUAACUGCAGAUCAUGGUAUGACUAACUGGGGUUCCCAUGGAGCUGGUCAUCCUCAUGAAACUCUUACGCCCAUUCUGGCCUGGGGGGCAGGGGUAAAGAACCCAGCACCCAGCAAUACUCACUUAUACCCAGAUGGGUUUACUCAGUUGUGGAAGUUAUCUCAUCUUCAACGUCAAGACAUGAACCAAGCGGAUAUCGCCCCGUUGAUGGCAUCAUUGAUAGGUGUCCCCUUCCCGUUAAAUUCUGUGGGUGUGCUCCCCCUGGGUUACCUUGACAACACUGAACAUUACAAAGCACAUAGUUUAUUGAGUAAUGCUUUGCAGAUAUUGGCUCAAUAUGAGGUUAAGGAGGAACACAUGCAACGGACAACAUUAGCCGUUUUCUUUAGUCCUUUUCAAAAUCUGUCAGGAGCAAAGAAAGCUGAUCUUUUGAGAACUAUACGCAAUUUGAUAACAACCAGCCAGUUUGAUAAAGCUAUCUCAAUAACUCAUGACUUGAUUGAGAGAGCUUUAGAAGGACUUAACUACUACCACAGCUAUGAUAGAUUUCUAUUAGGAACCAGUAUCAUGAUGGGCUAUGUUGGUUGGAUGGCCUAUGUUCUACAAUUGGUUCUUAUCUCCCACACUUCACUCUUACAACAGAGACAAACAACAUCCAACAACCGCAUUCAUACAAGCCUUGUUUCCAAACGAUGGAUUAAGAUUGGAUUUGUCUUGCUUGGUUUGAUGAUUGUAGCCUUGUUGGUUAUCCAGUCUUCACCAUGGAUGUACUAUGUGUAUUGUUUAAUGCCAGUACCUCUAUGGUUCAUUACUGUCAAGCAGUGUGAUUUAUUUUACAGUGCAGCUUGUCACAUGAUUUCCUCUAUUGGAUCCUUGAAGCUGAUUGGCUACAUCUCCCUUGGUUUCAUUGCCAUGGAGAUAGUUGUUCUCAGUAUGUUUUGGAGGGAAAUGAUAUCAUUAGGUCUCGUAGGAAUCACCUUAUGGCCUUAUUUUACAGAGCUCAGAGUAUCAAAUUGGGGUCUGUUAGCUGGGUGGACAACAUCGUGUCUAUCUGUAGCUGUGUUUCCAUUACUACCAGUGGUUGGAAGAGAGGCUAAUAUUAACUUAGUAACUAUUGCAGGACUCCUCUUCAUCAUAAGUAGCAUCGCAGCUUUAUUCUACAUCCAUUCACAUCACAGAUCACAUUCUACAAGCAUCAGUACUCUACAACUCUGCAUCCUGGUUAUAGCAGUCUAUGUUGUGAACAGCACCUGGGCUAGCUUGGCUAACAAGCGAGGGCUCCCUUUUAUAAACCAAUGUAUGAGUUGGAUUAUAUUUGCUUCAUCAUUUCUUAUACCAGGGUUGAUGCCAUUGGAUGUGAUGUCGCGUUUACUAAGCACUGCAAUGGCAUUUGUUGCAGUAUUUCUAUUGACUAGUACAUCACAUGAAGGGUUGUUUUGUAUAGCACUGUGUUAUCUCAUGUUAUUUUGGCUUCUAUGUGAACAUCGUUUGUCUCACUCAUCAAAGAUUAAGUUAAUAGAUUUAUCAUUUGGUGAGGAACUGACACUUGAGAGCGGACCUCAGCGACGUCUUGUUCUGGAUGAUCUUCGCUGUGCAUACUUCUUCAUAUUCUUCAUCUUAACAGCAUUCUUUGGAACAGGAAAUAUUGCUAGUAUCAACAGUUUUGAUACCGCUUCAGUCUAUUGCUUCUUAACUGUCUUCAAUCCAUUCAUCAUGGGUUCAUUAAUGUUAUGGAAGAUUGUGAUCCUAUUUCUGUUGGUAACCUGUACCUUCAAGGCCAUUCAUUUACUACAGCGUCUACCGAAUACCAGUCUGUUCUUGGUGGUGUUGCUGUUAUCAGAUGCUCUGGCUUUACAGUUCUUCUUUCUAGUCAAAGAUUCUGGUUCCUGGUUGGACAUUGGGACAAGUAUUAGCCAUUAUGUGAUUGUCAUGUGCAUGAUUAUCUUUGUCAUGUUACUGUUGGUACUUGCUAGACUUUUCACCACUACAACCUUUGGUAUAAGCGGCUUAUACAAGACUCAUAGGAAUUAGAAAGCUACCAUUUUGGUGAUUCUUUGAUUAAAAGUCAUCAAUCAUUGGCACUUUUACCCCAAUUCCUAAAUGACAUCCAAUUGCAAUUUAAUGUAUGAAAUGAGCCGAACCCAACAGAUUGUGGUGCCAUGUAAGAAGUGACGGAUAGUUGAAUUAAACAAGAUGGCAAGAUGAAACUAAAGUGUCCUCUUCUGGAAGCGAGACAUAACUAGUUGAGGAGUACAUCCCAGUGAUCCAAACACAUCUUCAAAAAUGUCUUCAUGAUUGGAGAUGGUAUUAGAAGGGUUUGUACAUAAUGGAUGCAACAUGGGAGAAAGUAUGCUUCAUCCUCUGUGCCCCCCCCCUUCCCCCCACCAAGCCCCUCAAGAGUUGCUGUCCAUCCCCUCUCCCACUGAAAAAAAAUGAUUAUGUUUGUUGAGUUGUUAAGACUGUUUAUAGAACUAAAUAAA